AGAAAUGACGAGCUGCCGACGACUCGAAGGGAAAGUUGCGAUUGUAACUGCAGCAACGAAAGGAAUAGGACUCGCAAUCGCUGAACGCCUUGGUUUGGAAGGUGCAGCUGUUGUCAUAUGCAGCCGCAAUAAGAAGAAUGUUGACGACGCCGUCCAGUAUUUGAAAUCUAAAGGAGUCUCAAAGGUUCACUACAUGAAGCACAGAUUAAUAUAUUUGAUCGAAACAUCUCAUCGCCAUAAGACCAUUGCAAAAUAUAGUAAAAUCGACAUUUUGAUCAACAAUCAUGGAAUCAACCCGGCAUUUGGCCACAUACUUGAUGUGGAGGAUAGUAUAUGGGACAAGUUGUUCGAGGUCAAUGUGAAAUCUGGUUGGCAGCUGACAAAGUUGGUUCACCCGCACAUGGUGAAGAACGGAGGAGGCAACAUCGUGUUCAAUGCGUCUAUCGGAGGAUACAAAUCGCCACCGGGAAUCGCUGCUUAUGGUGUGACGAAAACUGCCUUACUCGGCUUGACAAAGGCGUUAGCAAAUGGCUUGGCGAAGGAUAACAUCCGUGUAAACGCAAUCGCUCCCGGUGUCAUAAAGACAAAAAUGAGUGAAGCGCUAUGGAGCGGUGGUGGAGAUCAGGGCGAAAAAGAUGUGGUCGAUGCGAUGGAGAUACCAUUGAGUCGACUGGGGACACCCAAUGAUUGUGCAGGAGCUGUUGCAUUCCUCGUUUCUGAUGAUGCUCAAUACAUCACCGGAGAGACGAUACUGAUGGCUGGAGGAGUGCAUGCAAGACUGUAG